GUUGAUGAAAUUUCAACUUCAAGUCAAAAAAUAGUCAAAGAAAACAAGCAACAAUCAAAGAGUUUGACAAACAAACAAAACACCAAGAUUUCAAGACAGCUCUCAGACAAGACAAACAAACAACGCAGGCACACUUUUGGUCGCCAAAGCAUUCAUUCAUUCAUUCGCUCUCGGACGUGGCAGGGCAAAGUACCAUCACACAAGACGAUUUUGCCAACUGAACACAUCAAAAGCUUACCCUGACAUGAGCGACUCUGCCGCUGGCGCUGGUGCUGUCGCCGCUCCGCAACAGCAACAACCACCGCCUCCGCAACAACUGUAUAUGCAGCAGCAGGGAGGCGCUCCUCAGCCAGACUAUCAACAGCAGCCGCAGCAACAGCAACAACCGCCCUAUUACAUGCACGGCGCCCCCAUGCACCCGCUCAACUACAUGCAAAUGGGAGGCUAUCCACAGCAACAGCCACAGCAGCCGCAGCAGCCUCCCCAACAGCACCAGCAAUCCCAAGACCCCUCCUUCACCCCGCAACAACCGCAGCAGCCAUCACAACAGCAACAACAACAACAACAACAGCAGCAGCAGCAGCAGCAACCAUCACAGCAACAGCAGCAGCCUUCCGGUGACAUGUCGCAGCAGCAGCAGCAGCAGCAGCAACAACAACAGCAACAACAACCCAUGCCGCAGCCAGCAAUGUACGGUCAACCGCAACAGUACUACCCUGGACAACCACCGCCGCCGCAACAGAUGCAGCAACCUGGCCCUUACAUGUACGCGCAGCCACCACCACAAGCCUUUGCGCCGAUGGGAUACAACAUGUACCCCAACCCGUACGGCCAACCGCCGCCGCCGCCCGGCAUGGCGAUGGCUGGGAUGGUGCGCCCAGGCAUGCCACCAAACCCCCCACACAUGUAUCCUCAGCAGCCUCCCUUUGUUAACGGGCACCCGAGCUACGGCAUGGAUCACCACCAAGCGCCCGGCCCGCUCUUUGCUCCUGGCGGCUUGCCUCCGCCUCCUCCGCCACCGCCGCCGCCGCCGCCGCCCAUGCCUCCGAUGCCACCGCAAGUGCUCGGCGGGCCGUAUAUGAUGCCGCCACAUCCAUCCGCAAUGCCGCCACACAUGCCCCAUCCGUCCGAUCCCAUGGGUGCGGCACCACCUGGUUCCGGAGAGGGCAUUCCAUUCGAAGUGGUGGAAACGCCCGCCUUUGCCAAGCUCCAAGGUCCGACCAUUGACUACUGCAUCCGCUCGCUCUCAGUCACCCUUGGUCGCAAACCCUCGCAUAACGUCGACUCGGUCGAUGUCGAUCUUGGCCGAUCCAAGUUCAUUUCCCGCCGCCACGCCAAGAUUGAAUACAACUUUACAAUGCGCCACUUUGAAAUUUCCGCGCUUGGCAAGAACGGUCUGCUUGUCGACAAUGAGUUUUGCAACAAUGCCAGUGCGCCGGUGCCUCUCGAGUCAAAAGCAUUCAUUCAAAUCGGAGACGUGGGAUUUUACUUUUUGCUCCCGCUGGGCACAGUCUCGCAGAACGUCAAGCCGACCAAGAAGAAGCUGCAGGUGGCCGUGCCUGGCGGCGAUGAGGAUGCGCCUCAUUCUGAUCUGGGUGGCAUUCAAUCGCUUGGCUCGUCUGCCUCUGGCACUGGCAACUUUUCCAUCCUCCCGUCCUACACGCCGCCUGUCAGCAAGGCACGUGCUGGAGCUGCUGCUGGUUCUGGUGCUGGUGGCGACGGCGUCUCGCCCCACUCGCCUACCGGCACCUUGAGCCCGAACGAGUCGGACGAAGAGGGCCACGACAACGGUCUCCAUCCUCCGCAGUCGCUCGUUGACUACAAGGGCGACCCGUCUGUGAAACCACCAUUCUCGUACGCAACGCUCAUCGCCCAGGCCAUCAAUAUCUCGGCCGACCGCCGCCUGACACUCAACGGUAUCUACACAUACAUUACUGAGCACUUCCCUUACUACAAGCGCGUCGACAACGGCUGGCAAAACUCUAUUCGGCACAACCUCUCGCUCAAUCCCUGCUUUGUGCGCGUCCCGCGCCCGGAUUCGGAACCCGGCAAGGGCGCGUUCUGGACCAUCGACCCCAACCUGCAGUACAUGUUCACCGACACCAACUUCAAACGCCGCCACAAUCGCGCACCUCGCCGGCCAGUUGAAUGGCCUGCAGGCUCGGAAUUGUCGCCGCGCGGCUCUGCCAAGGCCCAGAAGACACCCCGUACGCCACGAGGCGGCAACCGCUCUGCACCCACCACUCCGACUGGCGCACAGCUGGCGGCGCACCAGCAGCAGCAACAACAGCAGCAACAACUCGGCAUGCAAGCCAUGCCGCCAAUGCCUCCGCACAAUGGCUCGUUCGAUGGUUCGUCGGGCAUGUUGCAUCCUGUCGGUCUUGUUCCGACCCCACCUCAACCUGCACCGUUGACUUUCCACGUCCAUGCGGGUUCCAAAAUGCAGCCACACUCUGCUCCAUCCAACAACGUCAGCAGCGGUACCGAGUCCAGCCCAAGCCGCAAGCAUGCUGCCGAUUCAACGCCCACUGGUGAUACCAAGCGCGCCCGUCUCGACUCGCCUGAGGGCAAGCAACCGCACGCAGACGAGGCCCCUGCCAGCAAUGCCAACGAAGCACCAGCCCCUGCGCCUGCAGCGUCAUCGUAACAAACAUGUCAGUGAUGGCAAUCGUUGCAGUUGACAGUUGUCGGUGUGUUGUUGGCGUGAUUUUGUACCAAUAGUCGUCUUUUCGAAAAAAUUUUCUUCGUUUGCCCUCCUCCAUACAUUGUGUCCCAUCUCCCAAUGUGUUUCGUCUCGUCUAGCAAGUAAUCCUCCAAUAUAGCAUUUUACUCCA